AUGGAUUCUUCUACCAAAAGUAAAAGUAAACACAACGGGAUUGAAGUUAGUAAAGUGAAUAAAGAAGGUGACAAUAAAUCGAAGAGAACGAGAACCAAACGUGAUAUUUUGCAACCGCCUCCAAGAAUAAACGUCGGGCCCGAUGGUAAAGAAGAAGAACCAUUUUAA